AUGGGGUUCCUCAACUUCCUGACCAGGCGGUCAAAUCACGACGGAUUAUCAGAUCGGACGUUUAAACUUCAAAAUGGCAAUCCACUUGCCACUGCGUCGUUACAAAGCAUCGGAGCUCACAAGCCAGUACAAAAAUUGUCCCUGGAAAAGUUGCAGAAUCCUUCUGCAAGGGGUAAAAGUAGGCAAACAGUCACCGGAACAGCGAAGCCGUACUUCUUGGGCGUGCGAGGCGAUCGGCCAAGCACGGCUAAUUCAGAGGGUCGGCCGAGUUUGUUGAGAUCGGCCUCAAGCUGCAGCAAAGCGUACGGGACUACAAACUCAGAUGCUGGAUCAUUAGCACCAUCCAUUCCCUCCAUUACUGUAUCAAGAUCGUAUUCAUCCAUGAGGACUCCUGGAUAUGUUGAUCUACUCGACGCACAGAGCGGUUUCAAGCCCUACGAUUUUCGCACUCGAAUACAAGCUACUGGGGUGAGAGACUACGGCGAAGACGUUGCGGAACGAAACAUUGGUGAGAAUGGCAUCGAUGUAGGAAGUGUUGCUGCACAAGAGUUCUAUCAGAAACAGAAGCGACUGUCGACCACGACCUUGUCCAACGUUAGCCAUAUACUCGAAACGGAAGGGUUCCCAUCCAGUGUCAGCGAGGCAAGCGAUUUGCACCGCAGAAAUAGUUCGAUAUGUUCAUCGACUAGGUCACCAUCUAGGCUCUCGAUGCAGCCGAGGAAAGAAGUCAGUGGGGUUAUUGCUGGCAGCUGCUCCGUGCGGGGAAAUAGUCACAAAGACACAAAGGCGAGCAAGUCGACUGCUCAUGGUACGGCGGAAUGUCGUGACGUUCGCCAAGAUCAUUUCGUCACAACACAGAGUGGCCAGCUACAGCGUCAAAGGAGCCAAAGCAGCUCCGGUGAACGAUCGAGGUUGUCCAGAAAGUGGAUUUCAACUGAACAGCCAGUCGCUAGCCAUACCAGGGGCGGCCGUUGGGAAGCCCGCGUCCUCAGCCCCGAUUCGCGUAGCAGAUCUAUUUCGCCCCCUUGUGUUCCGCGAUAUCGACCAGCCAGCAGCCUGGCUACCAUGCAAGAAGAGGAUGACCAUUCCUGCGAUCCUAGUCCGCAGUCGGAGCAUACACGCCCAUCACGGCGUGGAAGACCUGCAGCAAAGGAUCCGUCUGCGCGAGACGACAUCGCGAUCCUUCUGAGAGACGACUUUCAGAACGACAACCUCGACGGCAGGAAUGACUCUGAUAGCGAGUAUUCCGCCUUUGACAACUCACUGUCAAACCAUGGCCAUGGAGUUAAACCAAACCUUGUACCUGCCGCUCCACCACAAUAUCAUCCGGACUGGCAAAGUGCUGUACAACGUGCAGUUGAGGAGUCCUUGGCCAAAAUGCCACUCUCGGCCGAUGUGAGGGCUCUUCUGGAACUCUCCCAAAGCGGGAUUCCCCUUGACGAUAUUCUUCAAAAUGCCCACCUGCGACGUUUUUCCCUGCAUCAAGGGUCUAGUAUUAGCAUGUCGCCAACAACGGAUUUGUCGGACUACGCAAGCAGCCAUACAGGUCGGCCGCACAGUCGGCAUACUGCUACCACCUCGAUUGAUUCUUCAGCUAGGGUUGAUUUGUAUCACAAGAGUCCGUCCAGCUCCAAUGAAGACAAAUCUGCUGCACUGGACCAGCAUCAAGGCUCCCCGUACCUCACGCCAAUACACAGUGGAGAUGCUACGACAGCUCACGGCUCACACACGCAAUCUGAUGUGGUUCAAUUUGCUGGUGAGAACACCCAAAAGCACGACAUCAUAGAUAUUGAGGGCUUGGAGUGUUUGACGUCGGAUUAUUCUGAUGUUGAUUCUUUUACCGAGAAACGGAGGCAGGUCUUGGACGAGGAUGAAGCCAAGCUGUUCCACAGUGAGGGAUUUGGUGAUAUCAGCAACAACCUCCCCGGCAUCGUGGAUUUACGCGAGACCCGGAGUUGCACGAUAUGCAAUAUUUUGUCCAAUUUGCAGGAGGGCUCUGAUCAAAUGCAGCCAUGUACUCAUAAUGGGUCCCUGACACAAAAGCAACGUCUUCGAGCACUGGGUUACGAUUAUGAGUCAGAAGAGAGUGACACGGAGAAGCCAACAACGUCGGUUAGGGGCCGAUCAACGACGAAGAAGCUCACAGCUGGGAGCAACGGCGGUUUGCGUCGCCUGAAGCUUGUCGACGACCGCAUUGACGAGGACAGCGAGGAAGAGCGAGGUGACGCUCGGGAAGCGCCAAGGCAUCACCCCGGACUUCGAAGGAAAGCAAAGUUUCCCAAACGAAAUGCAGCUCUUGGCUCGUGA